CUGCCCGUGUCACAUGGAAGCACAGUAGCUGAGCCGAGGGGACGCGAGCGGAGAUGGAGGGGGCUUGAGGGACUGUGGAGGAGUUGGAUCUGACACCGGAGCCUCGGCGGCGGCUGCAGACGCAACAAGGUCUCCCCUGGAGGAGGAGGCGGCGGAGGAGAAGCGGACAGGUUUUCUUUUUUAAAAAAACGCGGGGGUCAGGAGGAUGCCACAUGCAAUAUGCUGCAUUCCUGCCCGGUGAAGCCCGAGAAGAAAGACACGUUAUCGCCCGUGAUUGAUGAUGCAGCCGGGGAGCGGAGCCUGGUGCGGGUGGCAGUGAAGGAAGCGAGCCGGGCGGACGAUGCUGCGCCUCCACAAAUCUCUGAGCUGAAUCCCAGUGAGACCGUGGCACUUCCCUGCGUGCAUGAGUGUAAGGGUGUGAGUGUGUGUGUGUGUGAGAGCAAGUGAGCGUCAGCGCUCCCACAUGGCCUCCAUGCAGGACGGGCUGAACUUCACGGCUCCUCCCUACGGCAAGGUCCUGCUGCUGGGUGCUAUCGCUGCUGCCUCAGCCUUUGUUGUUACCAUCCUCAUCGUGGUGCUCUGCGUGGGCUGCCAGAGAAAGGGGAAGACACACAAUGUCCCCGGCGAAGGUGGAAAACACCGUCUCAUGGACAUGGGUAUACUCAGACAGUCCAAGCUGCGCUCCAUCAGUAAAUCUGACACAGAGAUGAACAAGAUGAACUGCAAUGGCAAAAGCAGGCAGCUUCCCCAGAUCCCUUCUGGGACUGGAGAAGACGGAGAGCACACUUACUCAGAGGUGGGCCGUCGCUCUUCCGCCACACGUACUGACGAUGCCCUCUACGCCAUGGUAGGCAGGGCCGGACAGACGGACACUCCGGCCCCUCCGGCCGUUCCCGCCAACACCCCUGCGCCCCCAGACCCGGACGGCGACGUGGAAGGAGGGCUGCCAGAACCCGAGACCCAGGUCAUGACGCCGCCUCACCCUCCAGAGGCGGCCGAGUACGCCUGCGUCAGGAAGCUGAGGAAGGCAGACAAGGCGCCCCAAAAGAGGGACAGUGGGACAGAUAUGGCUGAGCCGCCGGUGCCGCCUCCGCGCCACGCCCCACCGUCACAUCCCGCCCCUCCUCCGCCACACCCUCACAGCACAAAGUUGCCCCGCAGAAACGUGGAGGCCUUCAGCGUCCCAUCAUUCCCAAAGGAAGUGAUGUUUAUGGGAAACGGCGAGCAGUACAUCUGGAAGCCUCCCGAGGAAGAGGAGUUGCUCCUGCUGCAGAAUAAAGCCCUGGGCCCGUUGGGGGCUCAGACGCUGGAGAAUUUACAACCGUCUGCUGCCGCGGUGGCUGAGAUGUACUCCAAGGUUUGCAAAACAGGAAAGAAGAAGAGAGCCGUGCCGGGGUCUCCUCCAGCCAAUCCCGGCUUCCGGACCUUGGGUCGCGGUGAUCGGGACGGGGGGUUUAGUGUCGUGGUCAAACCCCAGACCUGGGCCCCUCUGGAAGGCAAAGCCAUCGGAGGGCCCCUCGACGACCACUGCUAUGAGUCCAUCGGGACCGAGGAGUAUGACCCGUCCUAUGAGCACAUGGAAGGUGGAGGUGGCUGGAAGCGGGAGCGACCCCCCAACACGUGCGCCACCCUGCGGCCGAGGAGGAAGAAAGCCCAGCAGCCCUUGCAGCAGCAGCAGCCCCCUCCACCGCCGCCCACGCAGCAGACCCCCAAGUUACAGCACCUGCCUGCCAAAGCCCUGCUGCUGCCGGGGGAGAACCUGUACGAGAGCAUCGGCGACCUGAAGCAGGGCUCCGCCACCUCCAGCACCACCACCAUUUUCACCUUCAACGACGGCAUGGAGAUGUAUGUAACGGGGCUCUGAGGCGGCAGCUGCACUGUGACCCCCACCCCCCCCUAUCCUUCCAACACAAGGAGCUGAGCGAACACCACGCGGAGUGACGGCUGAGCCCCUGUCAUGCUCCCCCACACAUACUGUUUACAUUCAAGUCAUAACUUCAGGCCUUUCACAGGCUCCAGAGGCCUCGGGGCAGUAAUGUCGACCUGUUAUGACCUGGGCUGAAUACAAAGUCCAGUCUAUAAACCUUAUAAGGAAUCCAAAGGUAGUGAAUAAUAAAUGAGCACAAGACCAUCGCAGAGCAAUCUGUUGGUAACAGUAGCACUUGUAUUUCACUGAGACAUAUGUGCAAAGCACAAUAAAGUAAAAAGCCUAAAUUCUUCCUCAAUUCUCGCGGGUAAAAAUAAUCACUUAUCUGGUCCGAGCAGGACUUUUAUUUUGGGAAAUGGCACAGCGUUGAGUGAAAUCGUUUGGUAGCACUUCCUGCACAGGGAUUCCCUGUAGUUGGUCAAGAUGUGGUUCAGGAUGGAAUUUAAACGAUAUAAUGGAAUGAAUUACUAAUCAAAAAAAUACUUGAAAGCUCAGGGACCAAGAGAAACAAUUAUAAGAGUAUUAUAAGAAAAAAGAUUGCACACAUUUUGCAUUUCUCCUAAAGGCUUCGACUAAUUUAGACCAUUUUCAUGUUUUAAAAGAAACAACCAGAUACUUCCCUCAUGUUUUGUUUCCUCCAACGUGGACUGAACACUUUCUCCACUGCCGUCUGUAAAUGAAGUGUUUUACUUUGUCGAUCCUGUUUCUGCACUUUGCCUGCUACAAGUUGCAUGCUGAAAAAUGUUUUAAAAAAACCCUAACAAAAAAUCAAAGCACUGUCAUGUGGUACCUCUAUAUGAAUGUUUUUUAUUUUCUAUUGUCGUUGGUUGUUCAUUUUCUUUAGCGUGUUGCUUUAUUUCUCUGUAGAGCACAAAGCCAGUUAGAUGAAGGAAGUCUUUGGCUCGGCGGGACUCUGUGCAGCAGAGAGGAGGGUUGACUUUCUCUCCUCCUGCGAACGCAACACACACACAGACACACACACACACACACAAACAGUACAGAUGAAACAAGACUAAAGCGCACUGCUGGAGUCCUAAACAUGGAGACAGUCCACUCAACACCCACCAACCCUCCCCUCCGCUCAGUCCUCAUACCUGUGGACCGUCCAUCUUCAUCGUCCCCUCGCCCUGUGCUCAUAUGAAUCUGCUCUGGGUUUCACCAUAGUGCAGCUCGGAAAAAGCUACAGUAGAACUGAUGUGUAUUAGCAAAAGCGUCUCGUCAUCACUCCAUCGACGGACCCUCUCUCUCCUCUCUGUUAUCAGUGUUGAAAAAAAAUAUAAAAAGAAUAUUGCAGAUAUUGACAAAAGUGUGAAGCCAAAAGGUUUUCGCUGCGAGGCAAAGCUUCACCGUGAGGAUGACACACACACACGGAAAAAAAAUGUACAUCCCAAAAAUCCUGGAGGGUAUAAACGACGAGUUCAUUUGACCAAAUAUCCCCCAGAAAACAAUGUGAUUAUACUGUAUGUUGAUGCAACGUGUAUGUACAUUACAAAAGAGAAAGAAUAAUAAAUAUAUCAUCAGUGUCAAGAAAUCUA